GAGAAAAUUACAGACGCCUAAUUCAUAAUUUUUUUUUGUAUUUAGAAGUUUUGUUAUUAAAAUCAAAAGAUGCCGGAGUACAUGAUAUGCAGGAUAUGUUUAACGGAGGACCUGAACGUGGAUAGCAUGACGCCACUGUACGAUGAGCAUGACGUUCAAUGUCCAUUGGUCAGGAAAAUUGAGGAAAUCGGCAGCAUCAAGUUGCCACCACUGGAGGAUAUGCCAAGCCUGCUCUGCUGCAGCUGUGUUGGCCAUCUAAACAGCGCUUAUAAGUUUCGUGAAAUGUGCCAGGAGAGCGAGCGUACCUUUGCCAACAGCGUUGUCAAGGUACAGGCUGAAUUAAAACUGGAACCCAAUGAUGAUUCUUCGCAAAUGGAAAGUGAUACUGUUGAGUAUAUUUACGAAGCGGCCAGCAAUGAGUUUAUCGAUCCGGAUGAGGAGAUUGAAUUCGAUGCCAUGCUAGAAGAGCGGCUAGAAGAAACUAUUGAAGAGACAGCAGAAGAAACAGCAUAUGACGAUUUUGAAGAGGCGGAGGAAAUGGAUGAAGAGGAAUUACUGAUUGGCGCUGCCAGCGAUAGUGAUUACGAUCCCAUUGAUCGAAUGCGUAAGCCGAAAGUUCGCAAAGCCAGGCUAACUAAACGCGGACGGGGACGGCCUCGUAAUCCCACGAAUCCCAUCUUAAAACAGGGUGAAAUGAAAAUGAUCAGCCCGACGUCAUCAACUGGUAAAACUGAAGAAUCAUCAACAAACAUUAUGUGUGAAAUAUGUGGCAAUAUUUAUUCAAAGCGUGCUGCGCUUAACAUACACAUGCGUCGCCAUCUGUCUGAGAAGCCAUUUGCCUGCGAAAUUUGUUCCAAGACUUUUGCGGGUCCCUCAGAGCUGAAUCGUCACAUAAGAGUGCAUACGGGCGAGAAGCCUUUUACUUGUAAAUACUGUUCCCGUUCCUUUGCUGACCGCAGCUCAAACAUACGCCAUGAGAGAACACAUACGAACGAACGUCCCUUUACCUGUGCAACCUGUGGCAAGUCCUUCUCCUAUUCGAAUGUGCUUAAAAAUCAUAUGUUAACGCACACGGGCGAAAAACCUUUCUUAUGCUUGCCCUGCAAUAAAACAUUUUCCCGCAAACAUCAGCUGGAACAGCAUAUCGGCACUAUGACACACCAGCAGACAGUGAGAGCACUUGAAAUAAACGAAUCGGGACAACAAACUGAGAUAUAUUAGUCACUUUAAAUAUAAUAAAUGAAUUAUUUUAAUUUAAA